AUGAAUAAUAAACUAUUAUCUUAUGAGAAAGAUCUGGUGGACCAUAAGAAAUACAAAUUACAAAGGGACAUUCGAGAUUAUGAACAUAAGAAAGCCUUUGUGCGUUCAGCCAAUCAACGACCUAAGAGGAGGAGCGUAAGUUUUCAAAAGGAUAGAUCUGUUUCCGGUCAGCAAAGAAACAGGAGUUUCAUUUCUGGUGAAAAUUGGGCAUCCUCGGUAGAAGAGGAAGAAAGGAUUAAUGAAGAUUGUCCGGACUUACAGGGAGCGGCGAAUUCAGAGGCAUUUCAGAGAACCUUUUGGGGUUCCAAUGGGCAGAACAAUAUGACCAGGAAGCAAGAACUAGCGGUAUUAAACAAAGGUUUGAAGUUUAUACUGACAGUUCUGCCUAGAAUAUAUGAAAUUAAAAGUGAAAUAUUUGGUUUAGUGCAUAAGAUGCACUUGAAAGACUAUUUCUAUAGCAUUAAGCAAAAGGAAAUGAUGAUAGAUUAUGUAGAAACAGAUUCUGAAAGUAGUGAAUGUACAAGUACAACUUCAGAAUGCAAACUGGAAGAUUUCUCUCUAAGUGGAUACAGACGUAAUGGAGAUGUUAUAAUCGGAGGUCUUUUUACAUGCAGAGGAACAAUCUAUACACAGAAUGAUUUUAGAAGCAGGCCAAGUAUUUUCUCGUGCACAGGAAUUGACAUAACACUAGUUCCUGUUCUACAAGCAAUGGUAUUUGCUACUGAUGAGAUAAACAAGAACUUUAACCUUCUUCCAAAUACCUCACUAGGAUUUGGAAUCUAUGAGGUCUGUUUCGCAGUUUCUAGAACUCUUCUGGGCACUUUCCAGUUACUGUCUGGGGAAGAAAGAAAUAUACCAAAUUAUCACUGUACAAAAGGCAGAACAUCUCCACUGGCAGGUAUAAUCGGAGAGGCCAACUCAGAACUUUCAAAAAUCAUUGCGACUGUAUUAGGUAUCUACAGAUUUCCACAGAUCAGUUCCAACUCCUUAUCAUUGUUAUUAAAUGAUAAGUUCCUGUAUCCAUCUUUUCUGCGAACCCGUGCUAGUAGCUUGGAGUAUUUUCUUGCUGUUGUUCAAAUGAUAAAACACUUCGGAUGGACUUGGGUUGGGAUUUUAGCUGAUUUGCUUGAUACUGCUAUUCAAAUCAGUCAGAAGCUAAAGGCAGUACUUGAUGAAGCCGGAAUUUGUGUGGAGUUCCAAACGUAUUUGUCUAAUUUCGAUCAGGUGGCUGAAAAUAUAAUAUCAUCUUCUUCUAAAGUUAUUUUGGUUAUUAGUUCUAAUUUUGGUGCUACUCUUGAUGCAUUAUCAAGAAAACAUUUUAAAGGAAAAGUCUGGGUUGGUGGUCAGGAAUGGCCGGAAUUUGUAAAUGUUUCUAAACAUGCUGAGUUAAUUCUUGGAACUCUGUGGUUUUCCUUCAGAACAGGAAGAAUGCCAGGUUUUAUCGGUUUUCUCAGUGCUCUGCAUCCAUUAAAAAAUCAAGAUGACCCUUUUACUGUAGAUGUUUGGAAAGAGUUGCUUGGAUGCACGUGGUAUAAUUCUCAGCAAAAUUUAACAGGAAAUAAUGAUAAAACUAUAUGUACUGGGACAGGAACUAUAAGCUUUUUAAAUAAUCCCUAUCUAAAAGAAGACCGCAUGGAUAUAUUUUAUAGGACUUACAAUGCAGUAUAUGCGUUUGCUCAUGCUUUACAUAAUCUCCAUACCUGCAUACCCACCGAAGGUCCCUUUGUAAAUGGAUCUUGUUCUAAACUAAUGAACUUUAUCCGAUGGCAGCUUUUCCACUACUUAAAAAAUGUUCAGUUUUCAAACCCUGUUGGUGAUGAUAUCUCGUUUGAUGAAGCUGGGAAUAUAAUCGGUAUAUAUGACAUUCUAAAUUGGCAAUGCAGACCAGAUGGUGUCCUGAGUUACCAGAGUGUGGGGGCAUUUCAUUCUAAAGCACCUUCUGGCAAGACCUUACUUAUCAAUGAUAGCGCCAUCAUGUGGCAUGGAGGUCAAAAACAGGUUCCCAGAUCUGUUUGCACUGAGAGUUGUCCUCCAGGGUUCAGAAAAGCAAGACAACAAGGGAGACCCAUCUGCUGCUUCGACUGCAUUGCAUGUUCUGAAGGGGAAAUUGCCAACCAAACUGAUGCUGUCAUAUGCCUGCAGUGCCCUCCAGAUCAGUGGCCUAAUGCACAACAAAAUAAAUGUACCCAGAAACCAGUAGUGUUCCUCAGGUACGAUGAUCCAUUAGGAGCGGCACUGGCCUCCAUUGCCAUCUGCUGUUCCCUCCUGCCUGCAGUGAUCCUUGUCAUCUUUAUCAAGUUUGCUGAAACGCCUGUUGUAAGAGCCAACAACCGACAUCUCAGUUACCUGCUUCUAACUGGUCUUAUGUUCUGCUUCCUCUGUUCUUUGAUUUUUCUUGGUCAUCCAAGCACAGUUUCCUGCGUGAUGCGACAUGUUGUAUUUGGCAUUAUUUUUGUUCUGUCCAUCUCUUCUGUGUUAGCUAAAACAAUUACUGUAGUAAUUGCAUUUAAUGCUACGAAGCCCAAUAGUUCCUUGACAAAAUGGGUUGGGCCACAGCUGUCUUAUAUGAUAGUUGGAAUCUGCACAUUUCUACAGGUAGCUGUUUGUGUCACUUGGAUUAUUUCCUCCCCUCCCUUUCCACAAAAGAACUUCAACUUACAACCAGGAAAUGUCAUUAUUGAAUGCAAUGAGGGUUCAACCAUUAUUUUCUACUUCCUGUUAGGAUACAUGGGCUUUCUAGCUAGUAUCAGCUUUGUUGUAGCAUUCAUGGCUCGCAAGCUUCCUGACAGUUUUAACGAGGCCAAAUUUAUCACGUUCAGUACGUUAGUUUUUGUAAGUGUUUGGAUCUCUUUUAUUCCAGCCUACUUAAGCACACAGGGAAAAUACACAACUGCUGUGGAAAUAUUUGCCAUCAUUUCAUCUGCUGGUGGUUUGCUGGUCUGUAUAUUCUUUCCAAAGUGUUAUCUGGUAUUAUGGAGAUCUGAGAGGAACACAAAGGAAUAUUUAAUGGGUAAAGGUAUGUGCACAAGUAAAAAUAUUAAAUAAUUUUGAAUUUGUAGCACAUUUGUAUUAAGCUAUUUACUGAGCUGAUUUUUCA